AUGAAUAGAUUGGUAUUGGAUGAUGAACUGGAAACUUUAGCUGACGCAGAACUGGAGAAAGCCGAUUAUAAUGCCAUUGUCAUGAAAAAUCCCAAAUUCGAAGCCAUCCGAGACGUUGACCAUGCCGCAAAUGUUACCUCAUUCAUGACUAAUCCGGGAAGAACAAAAUUCGCCUGCAUCAACAAACAAUGCGCUACUACCAACGACCCAUGGAUUCUUGUCACUAAUAUUCCGUAA